UUGUUGUGUUUGAAUCGGACAGACUCAACAUGUCGCUGCGGAGGUAAACUCACAUUUCUCCUCUUCACUCACCCGGAAACCAGACGUCCUUUGGGGGGUUUCUCCGGCGGGUUGUCUCGCUAAGGUCGGACCGGACCAGCGACUCUUGCACCGUGAUUUCAUCCCGACCGGAGGCACCUGUUGCCCGGGUGCUUUCCACAGACAGGUGUCCUCUGGCGGAGGAGCGGCUCCAGGCAGGUUUAGCACCGGAACUUGGAUUAUUAAUCUCUGUAUUUGAUAAUAAUAACUCGACUGUACAGCUGAUAUGAAAGUGACGGUGACCUUCGGGGACACUGCGGUGGUCGUGCCGUGCAAAGCGGGAUGGACCGUGCGGGAUUUAGUGGAUCAAGCCACGCGGAGGUUCCGCCGGAUCCUGGAGCAGCACGGGGACAGCGAAGUGCGAACCCACCACCUGGAGUACCCUGAGGGGGGGAUCCUGGACAUGGACGACAUGCUGGGUGAACUGGUGGACGACAGAGACAAGCUGGUCGCCAUGUUCGACAGAGUCCAGCACAAGAGGACGGACAGUCCAAGAGAGAACUUGUCCAACUACUCCAGCGACGCCCCCAGCCCCGAGCCGGUCAACUACUACCCCCACCUGAUGGAGCAGGAGUCCGGCAGAGGAGAGAUCGAGGUCAACGAGGCCGUCCUCAAAGCAAAUACUCCUCUGAUGGUGAGGAGCAGCAGCGACUCGGCUCUGGCUCCAUCUUACGAGAGGAGGGACACGCCCUCACCUGUGGGCCAGCGUAACGGAUCUCCUGACCAGGAAAUCAACCAUGUGCUGAAAGGAGUGUUGGAGCGGCUGCACACAGACGUCCCACCUGCCAAGAUGAGCAAGGCUAACUUCAGCACCCUGACGAGGACGGUGGAGAUUGCCGGUGACCAGGGGCCCCUGGGUAUCCACGUGAUCCCAUACUGCUCCUCACUCAGUGGACGGACCCUGGGCCUUCACAUUAAAGGCAUCGAGGAAAAAAGCCUCUCCAAGCGAGAGAACAUCUUCCGAGACGACGAGUGCAUCGUCCAAAUCAACAACACGCCACUCGAGGACAAGACCUUCGCACAGGCACAGGAAGUGUUCCGCCAGGCCAUGGGCACGACCUCCGUACGCCUGGAGGUCGUCCCCGUCCCCAACAAGCUGCGCUACGAGAAGAGCCUCAUCGGGCAGCUCUUCACCGGCGACGCCAAAGACCUCUCCGCAAAGACAAAGAGUCCCAUGCUGCUCCGCGCCAAAACGGACCCGCCGCCCGAGCCCAAGCCACAUUCCAAACCCAACAGUAAUGUAGAAGUGAGGCGGCCGGACCCGCGUGCCAAGACCCCGGAGCCACCUGCGGCGUACGCACAAGCAGAGGAGCGCCUUUCCAGUAAUGGCUCCUCCCCCACGCCUUCAGUCAGGACAGCGAGCUCCUCCCCGGCGUCCAGGAGCCCCGUCCCCCCCGGCCUGCCGAACCUGAGCGGCAAGAAGGGCGGCAAGCGGAUAAAGAUCGACCUGAAGAAAGGCACGGAGGGUCUGGGCUUCACCGUGGUGACCCGGGACUCCUCGGUCCACGGGCCGGGGCCGAUCCUGGUGAAGAACAUCCUGUCCAGGGGCGCGGCCGUUAAAGAUGGCCGCCUGCAGCCCGGAGACCGCAUCCUGGAGGUGAAUGGAGUCGACAUGACAGGCCGUAGCCAGGAGGAACUGGUAGCCAUGCUGCGCAGCACCAAGCAGGGAGAGGGCGUGUGUGUGGUGGUGGUGCGGCAGGAGGACAUCUUCCUGCCACGGGAACUGAAAGGCGAGGAAGCCAGCAGCGUGGUGUUGGAGGACGGCCGGGAGCAGCUGAUGUACGAGAUCCCGCUCAACGAGUCGGGCUCGGCCGGGCUGGGCGUCAGCCUGAAGGGAAACAAGUCCCGAGAGACCGGAGAGGACCUGGGCAUCUUCAUCAAGUCCAUCAUCCACGGAGGAGCCGCGUACAAGGACGGACGCUUGACCGUCAACGACCAGAUGGUGGCGGUCAACGGCGAGUCGCUGAUUGGCCGCUCUAACCACGCCUCCAUGGAGACGCUGAGGCGCUCCAUGUCGUCGGAGGGCAACGCCAGAGGCACCAUCCAGCUCGUGGUGCUGCGAGCGCCCAGACAGAUGGGCAGUGCCACCUCUUCAUCAAGCUCAGCUCCCAAUGUCUCCACCGCCCAUCACUCCAACUCCCAAACCGCCUCCAGCAAUCAGGAGCUGUGGCCCAACGACGCCUACCAGAAGCCCACCGUGAACUCCAGUGGUCACAUGGCGACCAACAACUACACCCACGGCAGCUCCGGGAGUGCACCGUAUCCCGCCGCGGCCACCAACGGCAGCUACGGUCACUACGGCAACGAGGACGAGGAGCCGGAGAGAGACUUCCCCCCGCCUCCUUCCCCCGGCGCCGUGGAGGAGAUGAACCGGGACCUGCCACGAACUCCUCCACACCACAGCGAGUCUCGGACGGCGGAUUUCUACGCCGACCUGGCUAACGACCGGGACAACGCGCCUCGCAACAGAGCGUCCAAGAGCAUGGACAUGGUUGCUGAUGAGAGCAACAUGGGCUCCCACGGGCAGAGGAACAAGCCUGCAGCCAGUGGAGCACUGGGCCCGACCCUGGGCCUCUGGAAGUCCAGCUCCCUGGAGAGUCUCCAGACGGCCGUGUCCGAGGCCGAGCAGAGUCACAGCCAAGCCCAGGUUCCCUUCCACCGGCCCCGCCCACACAUGGUGCGUGGGCGGGGCAUCAACCAGAGCUUCCGCCACGCCAUCGACAAGUCCUACGACGGACCCUCCGAGGAUGACGACGACCUGUCGGAGCAGAGCUCCGGUCACGAAACGCCCGCCAGCAGCUCCUCUCGCCAGGGCCUGGACGCCGAUGACGACACCAAGAAGAAAACCAAAGGGAAGAAGAAGGAGAAGAAGACCAAGGGGAAGAAGAAAGCCGAUAAUGCUGCGGAGGAUCCGGAUAAGAAGACCAAAAAGAAAGGAUUUGGCCUUUUAAGGUUUGGCAAGAAGAAAGAAGACAAGAGCAAAGAUGCAGCGAAAGCGUCCAAGAGUAAACUGGAGGCUCUGAGUGAGGAGGAGCUGGGCAGGAUUCCUGACACCAGAGACGGCUACGACCCGCGUUACGCUGAGGUCCACUCCGGCCACCUCACCCCCGACUCCGCCUUCUUCCCCGACGUGGAAGACGAUGACACUGACCCCAACUACGCCCGCAUCAGCAACUUCCGCCCGGCGCCCUCGCCUCAGCCGUUCAUCAGUCGCACGCCCUCCCCUUCGGCGACACUAGGCGGGCCCAACCCGUCGCUGGCCUCGGCCGAGGAGCUGGACGGACUCUAUGCCAAAGUCAACAAGCCCCGCCCAUCACCGGCGCCGCAGAACCAGCAUCGCACACCGGCUACCAGUGAUCCGCAUUUCCAAGGGAUGCGUCGGGAGUACCAGCCCCCCCGCGCCGCUCCCGUCUACGAGGAGCUGGACACCGCACGACGCCGAGCUCUGGACAACGACCCCAACCGGAUGGCGGCGAGAGGAGUUGAAUCUCGACCGGCGCACCGCUACGAUGAGCCGGACCGCCAGUACCCGACCCAGCCCAGGAGGGAUCCGUAUGACUACCCCACCCACUCCAGACCCGCGCCAAGAGAGGCAGCUCCGUACCCCAGCCACGCCGGCCGCGUCCCACUCCCUCAACUGGGCGCCCAGUACGAGCAGGCGUCCGGAAACCAGCGUUACUACCCCUCCUCCCCCCACGCAGGACAGCAGCCACGCACCGCGGCCAGGCAGGACGUCCCCCUCUCUCCCAGCGCGGGUCCCAGAGGUCGCCACUACUACGAAGCCGCCGGCGGGCGAGUGGACGGCUACCGGAGCGCCAGCCCGGGCCGCUACACCAGCCCGGAGAGGAACCCGGCCCCCAGGGAGCGCUACACCAGCCCCGAGCGCUACACCUACCGGGACGACAGGCAGCCCGACCCGAGACAGAAGAACCCAGUGAUAGGUGCAGUGUGAAAGGUAGCCCCCCCUCCAUCAACCCACUCAACUGUACAAACGAGGCCUCCAGAGUUUAUAAAUAGCUCCAAAUAUAUAUCAGCUGUCAUCCCGGCUGCCUAAGUGUGAUUUUGCCGUAUUAAUUUAUUCAAUCAUGAAGCCUGAGGGCGUUAGGUGACGAGCUGAGGGGCUGAAACGAGUCUGUCCUCACAGGCCGACGCCCAUUUAACAAGCAUUAGGGACUUAUACAGUAUGUGGAUGUACAUAUUUAUAUAGAUAUACGUUUGCCACUUAUUUACAAAUGUGUCAUUUUGCUAAAUGGAUCCUAUUUUGAUAUAAUUUUACUACGUAGAAAUGAAAUUAAGGGAAAUGAAGUUAAUGCCACACAGUAGAGGGGAGGAGUAAACUGAGCGUGACGGAGGCGCUGCUGACUCAGCGUUUUUUUUCACACGCCGGUGUUUCGAAGGAAGCGAAGCGCGAUCACCUUGACCGGGCCCCGGGCUGUGAUAACAAAAGACACACAGGAAGUUGAGUGGACAAACAGGAAAAGGAAAUAGCUGCCCUUCAAAGUGUCUCCUUGUCCUUGAUGUUGUGUCGCUCGGACGUCCCUCACGUCCUGCCGUCACACCGGACUCUCUCGCCUUUAUUUGUGCACGUGGCCGAUGCAUUGAUGUGUGUUUUAUACCGUAUCGUUACAAAUGAGUCUAAAUGUGAUAUUUCUGUGCUGUUUCUAAUAAUACGACAUCCGCUGUGUGACUCCUCAUCCACUGUGCAGCUCAUAGAGACUUUAAAUCAACAUUUUUAUCCUUAAACAUAUCAAAGCUUAGUGCAAUGAUUUCUCCUUAAAUGUGUCAAUGGUGGUUUGGAUUAAAAAUGCUGUCAAAUAA